AUGCAACAAUUUAAACUAGCCUUUGUGCUGGUCCUAUGUCUGGCGCUGCAAUCCAUGGUUGAGGCGAAACUGAGCUUCUCGCCUGGUAAUAGACGACAAGCUGCAGCAUCAGUGGGUCGUCAUGAAAAUGUCAAGGCUGAAGGCCGUUUUACUAGUCAAUUCAUAAAUCAGUUGAAUACGUUAAAAGGCGGUACGUCUUCAAGCACUUGCCCGCCUAGCACAACCACAAUAACAUAUCCUCAGUAUACCUCAACUCCGACUUCUACGAGUACAUCACCUACCACCACGUCUCCAACAUCUCCAACAUCUACAUCAACAAGUCCCACAGCCACUUCUACCUCGCCAGUAACCUCAACGAAUACGUCAAGAUCAGCGCCGCAAUUUUUCAGAAAUAGUUUCAAUGAUUUAGAUGAUGAGGACGAUGAUGAUGAUGAUUUGUUUUUGGGCCAGAAUUUUGCUAACAACUGGGUUAAUAGCAACAUAGAUGACGGUGAUGACGAUGAUGAUAAUAAUGACUUGGCAAGUACCGAUGAGCAGAAUAUGAUCAAUGGUCGCCGCCAUAAUGAAUUGGGACGCGCUGCACGUGCAAAUCCCAGCCAAUGGCAAUUGCAACAACUACGCCAGCGUAAUCGUCGUCUAAGGCAACAACAAAGGAGGCGUACGCAAACACGUCGCAAGCAACAAAUGCAACGUCGUCGUAACAGGCAACGUCAAUCGAAUCAGCGUCGUCGCCGCCAGCAGAAGGCCAAGAAUGCGCGCAGACGCAGAGAAAUGCGUCGACGAAAUAUGAGACGACAAAGAAAGGCAGCUGUACGUCAUAGGACUGCAAAUAAUCGUCGUUUGAGACGCUUCAUGCAGAACGGCAAGACUGUUCCAGAAUCUGGUAGUGAACAAAGUUACCAAUUGUUCAAUAAACAACGCACACAUCGAGGUAGACGCGCUCAUGAUGAUGUUGGUAGUGGACGCUCUAUUUCACCGGAUUUAAUCAAUAGAUUUAAUGCAUUGAAAAAUCCCUCAUCUGGAACUACAGUGAUCAUUACAUCGCCAACCACUACUACCAUUACGCUCUCGCCGACAACAACUUCACCCACCACAACAUCACCGACUACAACGACAUCUCCUACUACUAGUCCAACAACUACCACUAACACUACCAGCCGUGCUUUCGUCGGCUACGCUAAUCUUGAUGAUGAGGACGCUUUUGAAAAUGAUGAGGAUGAUUCACCUAUAGCAUUACAGCAACUUAACAGAUAUUCCAUUGAUAAAUAUCGCGAUGAGGAAGAUGUCGAGGAUGAUGUAGCUAUUGCAGACACUGCUGUUGAGUAUGGCCGCGCAGCACGUGCCCGCCCUUUGAAUCGGCGUCGUCGCCAGCAACGUCGUCGUCAGCAACAACGUAGGCGUCGCCGUCAAGCCAUGCGCCGGCGUCAACGUCUACAACGUCUACGUCGUCAACAGCGCCGUCGCAACCAGCAGAGAAGACGUAAGGCUGGUAGCCGGCAGUCAGUACGACGCGGUAAUGGCGGCAGGAACCGUCGUCGCAGACGUAUUGUACGUGUAAAUGUGUAG